AUGGACGAGGCUGUUUUUGAAGAUUAUGAAAAGGAAAUCCAGGCACUGGAAGAAGAAAUUAGGCUGCUGACAGAAAAGUACGAAGAUAUGCGACAAGAAUCCGCCUUCUUUUCUGAGGAGGAGAUACUGAAGGCAAUAAAAUCACUCCAAGAAGAAACUGAGGGAGAAACCAAGGGACAUGAAUCUCCAUCAGACCUGAAAGCUCAGCUUGAAAGUCUAGAAACAGAUCUUGCAUUUUUAAUGGAAUUUACUGGGUUUCAUUUCACAAGUCAUUCCAAGAAAACAGUGGAAAAGACUCAAAACAAGACAGUGCAGAAGCACAGAUUAUCAGGGAAGUGUCACUCCAUACCUUUUCAAGUGAAAUUCCAGCUUCUUGAAAUGCAGAAGGAUGAGAAAGUGUCUGCUGUUGUUAGUGAUCUCAGCAUCAAGAUGGAAUCCAGAGAAGAUUCAAAUGUGAGCAAGUUUGUGUCACGCACUCAAGAAUGUGGAGAUCUUAUAACAUUUUUCAGAAGCCUUUCAACCUAUGCUGAGUGGUAUGAGCAUCGUAGACACACCUUCCUGCAUUUCAAGGCCAAGUAUCCUGACAUUGUGACGCUUCCAGAAGGACUGCUGGGAGAUUUUAUAAUUCUAAGGAACCCCAAAAUUCCUGGGUUUGAACUGGUGAUCGUCUGGAAGAUCCAUCUUGAUGAAGAAGGGACCACUACACCUGUCCUGGACCUGCUGCCCAAAGUACCAGAGCAAGUGCUGCAGCAGAGCAUGAGGAGCGUGGGGAGCAUCCCCGGCAGCUUCCGCAGCGCGCUCCGGCUCCUCGGCAUCGAGGCGGCCGUGGAGAACCUGAUCCGAGUGCUGGGCUCAGGACAGUGAGGGCCAGCACUGCUUACACCAGGUAGCAAUUUCAAAAGUAGCUUUAAUUAAGAUAUUGUGUUACACGGUCUGUAAUUUUAUUGAAUAUAAACAUUAAGUUACUUUCCAUUUAGAAACCAUACUCAUAAAACAUGCUAUCUGUACAAUUAUGGCACGUUAUAUAUAAAUUGUCAUGACAUAAAAUAAAUACAGCCAUUUAAAUACAAAAAUGCCAAAUAAAAUAGUUACAUGUACAGAGUGA